UGACGUUGAAGGGGGAUUUCGUUUUGUUGUUGCUCCGAAAAAUAUCUCCAAAUACUAACUAAGUGUACUUAAAUAUGUCAGAGUACGAUAAAGUGCGAACGAAAAAAUUAGUGCUCAAAGGAGAGAAACAAAAAUCCAAAAAGAGGAAACACAAAAAGCAAGGAAGGGACGAGAAAACAACCUCUGAAAAGGACGAUGAUGACACUAUUCGACAUGGUGGUUGGAAAAAAACUACAAACAUUACGGACAUCACAGGCACUGUGGCAAUUGAGUUUGGUAACUCUACGUACGUGAAAGCCCUUGAUAAUGGACUAUUUACUCUUGGAGCUCCACAUGAUGAAGGUGAAGGUCCUCAUCCAGAGGAAAUUUUAACUGCAUUUCCAAUUAAUGAGACAAAAAUAGCUUUAAAGUCUGGUUACGGGAAGUACAUUGGAGUUGACAAGAAGGGAGUAGUCGUGGGUAGGAGUGAUGCUGUGGGACCAAUGGAACAAUGGGAACCAGUUUUUCAAGAUGGAAAAUCGGCCAUACUAGGCAAUACAAGCUGCUUUGUUUCUGUCACUGACGAUGAUGAUAUUGUUUGCUCGAAACUAACAGCUGGCCCAAAUGAGUAUGUACAUAUUAGGAGCAUGGCUCAAGAAGUUGAUGACCCAAAUAAAGAUAUGCCACAGGAGGAAUUAGGAUCGAUAGAAGAAAUUGAAGUUAAUUAUGUACGAAAAUUCCAAAAGUUCCAAGACAAAAAACUAAAAAUAAGCAAAAAUAAAAUAUCUGAGUUGAAGAAGGCGAAAGAAACUGGAAUUUUUCACGAAACUUUGCUGGAUAGGCGUAGCAAGAUGAAAGCUGAUCGAUAUUGUAAAUAAAUAAUCUUCUGAAUUUUCAAUUAUGUCU